CACAGAAAUAGUCUCGCGAUAUCCCGUCCGCCUGCUGAAGUCUCGCGAGAGUUGUGUGUGUCCUUGUUCCGUCAGGAUGGGUUACUGGGAUCUGGAGGAAGGAAAAGAUUGUGUUGGGAAAACAUGGAUUACCACCAAACUGGGUACCGCACUGGGUCUGGUUGGUUCUGCGUAUCAUCUCGUGUUAAUCCGGCCUGAGACGUCUCUGGAGGCGUUGACGCGAGCAGUGAACGGUACAGUGACGAUGGCAACUCUGGGAGCCGUAUUUGGAAUCACCACUUGUCUGAGUGCUCACGUGAGGGAUGCUCCUGAUGAUCCCACCAACUACUUCCUGGGUGGAUGUGCAUCAGGAGCUCUUCUUGGGGCUCGAACUCACAGUGCCAUGACGGGAACAUCCAUGUGUGUGGGGCUGGGGCUCGUCGCCAUGCUCACUAAAGUUGGGCAGAAGGAGGGCUGGAGGUUCUCCUCAGAACCCCGACUGUAAACUCAGAUCUCACUCUGUUCAUAUUGUACAUUACUCUAAUAAAUCUUUAUCACACACCA